CUCUUCUACUCUGACUACAGUGACUCGACAGGGACUCAAGGCUGAGUCGAACCCCACCGAUAUCAGGGGCGGCAUCAUCUAGCUGCGACGCAUCCAGAAAUGGAGGUAGCCGCCAUCAGUAUGGCCAUACAAGAGCUUGUUGAUCCUCCUUGUCUGUCCUCUGUUUCCGAUUGAUGAAGCGAUCUUGCUUGUCAGCCAGCGCACGAGAAUCAAGACUGCUCCAAUGCUGGCGUUACUAGCACUGCUGGGCCAUUGCUGGCACUCUUGUCUUAUUCUACCCCCGGCUGCGAGCUAUAAUUAGCCACUCUGAAGCGAGACACAAAUAAUUGCUCGCUUUGUGCAUCGGAACUGGCUGCAGGUAGAGGUUCAUCGCGAAAAGUGACUAUAAAGGGGAUAAGCCCCGUCCUGAGAGUCUUUAGUAUCCACAUCACACUCGCUUGAAAUGCUCGUUUCUUUGAGCUUCUGGGCAGGCUUGGCCUCUGUCAUCUCUGCCGCCUACUAUGAUUACGCCUGCACAGAGAAGGACAUGGUCAUCUCUAGGGUCAAGCCACCAAAUGGCGCGAUUGUUGUCUCUGGAAGGCCAGGAGAAGGCGACUACAUGACUGUUCAAGAAGGUAUUGACGCUGCCCUGAAAACUGAACACAAGCGCCUCUUCAUUCGUUCAGGCCUAUACACAGGAAAUGUGACCAUUUCAGGCGAUGGCAUCCAGAUCUUUGGCGAGACCACGAACAUCUGUUCUUACAGGGACAAUGUGGUCAGAAUCCGCUCGGAAUGGCACGUUGUAAAGGGUCAAUUUGAGGAUCUGGUCGGCACGUCCACCGUGAUAGCCAACGGCAAUGGAAUCAACCUUUACAACCUUAUCAUUGAAAACAAAGGUGGUCAAGAUUCUCAAGCGGUUGCUUUGACUAGCUCUGGCUUCAACCAGGGGGUGUAUGCUUGCCAGUUGAUUGGCGAGCAAGAUACCUUCUUUGGUAGCAAGGGCAGUCAGUUCGUCGUCAAGUCCCUGAUCGUUGGGAUCACCGAUUUCAUCUUUGGUUUGAGUUCCAAUCAAGUCAUUACUCACAGCGAUAUUGUCAUUCCAUCCAGCGAAACAAGAUCGUAUGCUCACAUUCUCGCGCCUGGUCGGCGCAGCGCCGAUGACCCUGGCUUCAUUCUGAUUAACAAUUGCACAGUCACGUUGGGACCUGGCUUCCGUAAACCUGGCCAUGCUGAUCUCGGGCGCGCCUGGGGGGCAUUUGCUAGGGCACAGUACCAACUUGUGAGGUUCACAGGCGAUCCUGAAGCCUGGUUUCCUGGAGGGUUUAAGCCUAUGCAUACAUCCGAUCCAGAAUCUGCACUUGCACAGACUUCCUUCACUUGGCUCGAAAUUGAGGGUGGCCCGGACCCGAGCAAAUUCACACAAUAUGCGAAGGAAGGCAACUACAUUGCACCCGGAGAUCUCCUUGGAGCAGACUUCCCGGCGCUCUACGACUUUAAAUUCAUUUGAAGCUACACCAUCGAUGUAGCUUUGUCUUCUCAACAUCCAGACUAAUCAGGCUUAACAUCCUGUCCAAGUAUCACCUUGUCUUUUAAUACAUUCCCACUUUUCUGCGCAAGUCCACGAGUCAUCUGCUUACCUAAAGUCCAUUUGGGAUCUUUUGCGAACAGACACAUCUCAGGAGGCAUCAUCAUGCAUGUGCUGAAUAGGCUGAAGUCGAAUCAUUAGGCUCUGAAGGAGUCGCGAAAGACCACGUUUUCUCCAGCUGAAAUCAAGUUCAGCUGAAGUCACCUCUAUGCACACGUUCUUCUCCUAUAUCUAGCUUGACAGCCACAGCCCACUGCUCAAUUCGCAUGUCCUCGACUAUCCACGUUU